UGCGAGCUCAACUUGGGAUGUUUUGGAUAAACAGACGCGUCCGAUAAUGGAUCCCGCCAGCCGUGAAGCAGCGGGCCACCGCGGGCCUAGAUGGAAGGGAAGCCAUGCGGGCAGCAGGGCGACGGCGCCGGGCCCAGCCCUGAGCAGGCGUCCUGCGGCUGGCUGGGAGGAGCGCGGCCCUCCUGCAGCCCCCCAUCCGCGGCGCUCCGGGACGCCCCUACUAAGAUGUCCCUCAGCAGCGGCCCUGCAGGCGGGAAAGGUGUGGACUCGAAUGCGGUGGACGCGUACGACAGCGGUGAUGAGUGGGACAUCGGCGUGGGCAAUCUGAUCAUUGACCUGGACGCCGACCUGGAGAAGGACAAACUGGAAAUGUCCGGCAGCAAGGAGGGCGGCCCUGUGGCCGGCCCUCCCGGCGCCGUGGCCGCUCUGCCCGACAACAUCAAAUUCGUCAGUCCCGUGGGUGGCGGGCAGGGAAAAGACGGCAAAUCCAAAUCCAAGCGCGCUAAGAACUCCAAAGAAAGCGCCAAGACGGCCGCGCCACCACCGGAUGUCGUAAAGAAGGAGCUUCUGGCUCGGGCCCCCGGGGACCCUGUGGUGCCCCACAACCUCACUUCGGGGCUGACUAAGGGGGGCGACAAGUCCGGCAAAACCUCGCGGCUCCUGCCGUCCGUCAAGAAGGACAAAGACGGUGUGUUGGCAAAGACUAAGAAGGACAAAAUGGAAGUGGACAAGGAGACAGCGCUGCCCGGGGCCCCCCUUCCUCGCAGCGGCCCCUUUGAGGGCCCGCAGAACUCUGAGGCCCCGGCCGCCGAUCUCCUGGGUCACGUGGGUCAUGUGGCUCUGGACUCUGCCGGCAUGGGCCAGCCGGUUUCUAUGACGACUGAGGAGGAGGAAGAGGAGGACGAGGAGAUGGACAGCGCCGACUGUCGCAACCUCAAAAAGAUGCUGUGUGGGGACAAGAUGGAGUCACCCAGCUCCACGCCGGCCGCGCCCUCCCUGCACCUGCUAGCCAACAGCGACAUCUCCUCGCCCUGCGAGCAGAUCAUGGUGCGCACGCGCUCGCUGGCGGUCAACACGGCGGACGCGGCGCAGGCCACCGAGCCCGAGUGCCUGGGGCCCUGCGAGCCCGGAACCAGCGUCAACCUGGAGGGGAUCGUGUGGCAGGAGACCGAAGACGGGAUGCUGGUGGUGAAUGUGACGUGGAGGAACAAGACCUACGUGGGAACCCUGUUGGACUGCACCCGACACGACUGGGCCCCUCCCAGGUUCUGCGAUUCUCCCACCAGCGACGUCGAGAUGCGAGGCGGGCGAGGCCGAGGCAAGCGGAUGCGCCCGGCCGGCGCCGUGCCCGCCAACGACAACAGCACGUCGUCGGACAACAAAGGAAGCGGCAAGACCCGCGGCGGUGGCGCCGGCGCCAACGGCAAAGGCCGGCGCGGCAGCCAGACCGGCAGCGCGGGGGCCGCGUGCGGCGGCGUGGAGGACGCCAAGGCCAGCCCCUCGUCCGCCAAGAGGAAGAGCAAGCCCGCCUCUGACAUGGAGCCCACCUCCAGCUCCGAGGACACCAAAGUAUCCAAGCGCAUGCGGAGCAACUCCACCGGUGCCGCCCACUCGCUCCCCGCGGGGAAGUCAGAAGCCCCGCCCUCGCUGGACCGUGCGUGUCCCUCGCCCGUACUCAUAGACUGCCCCCACCCCAACUGCAACAAGAAGUACAAGCACGUCAACGGUCUGAAGUACCACCAGGCGCGCGCCCACCACGAGCACGACGCCGACAAGUACCACCCGCCGCGUCCCCACGAGCACGACGCCGACAGCGAAUACGGCGACGAGUCCGGCCUCCACCCCGACGCCGCUUCCUGCAACGGCGCCGCCAUCUCCCCGGCCCGCUCCGCCACUCCCAAAGGGCGGGGCUUUGACGCCCCCUCGCCGUCGCCGGGGAAGCAGCCGCACAAGCCGGGCAAGAAGAAGAUGGGCGAGGGCGAGCCCGACGGCACCGACGCCGAGUGCUUGACGGACGAGGCGAGCAACGACGGCGUGGACGACAGGAAGGCGAGGAAGACGGCGGCCGGCGGGAAAACGGACAAAAUGACUCCGAAGGGCGCGAAGCCCGGUCGGCCCAUGCCACCCGCCGGCCCCUCCGUGCCCGCCUCUUACAACUCGCCGGCCGCCUCCCCCUCGCUAGGCUCGGCGGCGCAGGCCCACCCGAAGAACGGACAGUCCAAAGCCGCCCUGCUGUUGGACCCCGCUUCCAGCCCUCUCGCCAAAGAAAAGAAGAAGAAAGACAAGAAGAGGCGGGAGGGCGACAGCCCGAAGGGGGCGCGGCCCGAGGAGGGCGGCUACGCCGAGGCGGGCGACGUCCUGCUCAACGGCUCCUCGGAAGCGCAGCAGAGCCGACUGGCCAGCAUCAAGGCGGCGGCCGACAAAGUCUACAGCUUCUCGGACAACGCGCCCAGCCCCUCCCUGGGCGGCGGCGGUGGCAGGGCAGAUGGCGCCGCGGGCCAAAACGGCACGGACGGCGUGUCGGUUCAGACCGGCAGCCCCGCCUACUCGGACAUCUCGGACGAGGGCGAGGACGGCGAAGGAAAGGCGGAGGGCGUCAAGGUGAAAACGGAGCCCGAACCCAAGAAGGCGCUGUUCCCCCCUCAAGCGCCGCCGGCCAAGGAGGCCGCCUACUACCCCGCUUAUGACGCCUACUACCCCGCCGCCUACGCCAACCCCAGCCCCGCGUCGACCGCCUCUCCGGCAGCGCCCAAGAAGGAGGAGGAACCGGAAGUGGCCGAGGAAGUCAAGGUGAAAGCGGAGCCUCAGGACGACAGGAAGGCGGAGGCCGGAGCCCCGCAGCCGUCGGUCAUCCAGCAGCGGGCCAACGUCUACGCCCCCCCGCCCCUCUACUACAACCAGUACUACGGCCAGCCCUACUCGUACUCGCCCGACCAGGCCUACCACGCCCACCUGCUGGCGUCCAGCCCCGCCUACCGGCAGCAGUGCGAGGAGCGGCAGCGGCUGGCCGACAAGAAGGCCGAGGGCAAGGCCUCGGCGGGGCCGCCCACGCUGACGCCGGCCCCCGCCCUCGCCGAGCUGGCCAAAGUCAAGCCCAAGGAGGCGGCGGGGCUCGAGCAGGCCAAGUCUGUCAUCAUGGUGAAGGGCGAGGACCCCAAGGUGGUGGUCGUCGCCGCCGCCCCGGCCGAGGGGCUGAAGAUGAAGCUGAGCGAGGCGGGCCACCACGGCAAGGACGAGGCCGCCAUGUGGUACCGACAGGAGCCCGACGCCCGCCUCUGGCCGUACGUGUACCCCAACAAGUACUCGGACGCGCCCAAGGCGCAGGAGGACGAGCGUGACAGGAAGUUGAAGGAGGAGCGCUCGCGGCCGAAGGAGGGCUCGCAUAAAGACGAGGCCAAGGAGGGGGCGGACGGCCGGGGGCCGGGGCCCCCGGAGGAGCAGCAGCACCAGCAGCUGAGGGCCGCCGCCAAGGAAGCGCGGCCCACCCACGUGCAGUUUGCCGCCCCGCUGGCGCAGCACCAGGGCUACAUGCCCUACAUGCACGGACCCUACGCCUACGGGCAGGCCUACGAGCCCGGGCAUCCCGGGCACCCCGGCUACAGGGGCGUGCCCUCCGUCAUGAUGCAGAAUUACCCCGGCUCCUACCUCCCUGCUGGUUACUCCUUUUCGCCGUACGCCGGCAAGGCGGCGGCGGGCGAGGAGGGCGGCGAGAAGGCGUCGCGUUCCAGCCCCACGGUGAAGGCGGCCGGCGGCGAGGCCAAAGCGCUGGAGCUCCUGCAGCAACACGCCAGCCACUACAAGAGCAAGUCGCCAACCGCGCUACCCGACAAGAGCGCCUUGCAUGAGCGAGACGGCGAGCGGCCGCGCUCGUCGCCCGCCCAGCGCGCGCCGCCGCCGCCCCCUUCGCACCACCACCACCAUCACCACCUGGCCUACCCGCUCCUCGCCGGACAGUACGAUCUCGCCUAUGCCUCAGGUCUGUCGUCGUCGGCCAUGGUGGCCAGCCAGCAAGCGUCGGCGCCGUCCAUGUACCCGCCCCCGCGCAGGUGAGGAAGGGCUCGCGGCCGCCGGGCCCCGCCUGGAAUCGCGUGACCGGAUCGCGCAAGGAUGCAGUCGCCGCGAUGAGGGAGGACGAUGGGCGGGCGGCACGCUAGCCCCGCCACCCCCGGACAGCGUGACGCUCGGAGGACGGAACCUCGUCAUCCACCUCCCGCUCCUUCUCUUCACCUCCCUCGCCGCUCGUCCCAAAACAGCAAGAAGAAGAAACCUCGCGGAGCCUCUAUCAAAAGUGCAGCCUUCACACGGAACGGCCGCGGCGGCAGGCCUCCUCCCCCUCGGUGUGUAGCUGUAGCGUCCGCGCGCAAGCGUGUGCGUGUAAAUAGUGUACAGAGGAAUAAUUUUUAAGAGGUUGGAUGCUGUUUUGUUUCCUACUCUUCUUUUUUUUUUCUUUUUGUGAGUGUCUCUGUUGUUUUUCUACACUUGUUGAUCAUAUUAAAACCAUGUAGCUGGACCAACCA